GAAGUGGACUGCUCACGGUACCGGCACUCAUCACCGGCUCACGGUACCGGCACUCAUCACCGGCACUCAUCACCGGCACUCAUCACCGGCACUCAUCACCGGCACUCAUCAGUGCUAGUAACUUGUCAUCAGUACUAAUUAAACACACCGUACAAUGUGUGUUGACGUGCUGUGACAGCGUGCUGACGUCAUGCCCAGCACAGACAGGAAGAAGCAGAAGCAGGGGAGGGACACGGCGGUCCAGGGAACCAACGACAGCAGUGUGGUGAGCAAGGUGUCUGCUGCAGCGCAGGGCUACUUCCAAGAUGUCUUCCUCCAGCACUUUGUGUGCAAAGUGGCCCGGAGAGCUCCACUUAUCAACAGGGGCUACUAUGUGCGCUGGAGAGCUGUGGAUCACUGCGUGAGGAGAUUCCUGCACAUUACUGAAAACUGUCCCAAGAGACAGAUUUUGUCACUGGGCGCAGGGUUCGACUCUCUGUAUUUCCGCCUCCAUGCACAUGAAGCACUUGACAGGACUGUUGUGUUCGAGGUAGAUUUUCCUGAUGUUGCCCGGCGCAAAGCUGCCCUGAUCAACUCUAAUAUCACACUGAGGGGGAUGAUAGACUCCAGUUUACCUUCUCUUACAGGACCUCUGUAUGUGUCUAGCAGUCAGUACCAUCUGCUAGGGGUGGAUGUUAGAGAGGAGUCUCAGGUGGAAGAGGCUCUGGGUGCGGCUGGGCUGGACUGGGCUGCCCCUACUCUAAUCCUCUCUGAAGUGGUGCUUACCUACAUGGAAACACAGUGGUCUGAUGCUGUCAUUAGUUGGGCGGCAAAGCUCUUGCCACAGUCGCUCUUUGUUAUAUAUGAGCAGAUACAUCCAUAUGAUCCCUUUGGUCGGAUAAUGCAAGAUCAUUUUCUGAAACUAAAUUCGACUCUGCACGCCCUCCGACAAUACCCAGACACUGCUGCACAGAGACACAGGUUCCUGGACAAGGGCUGGGAGCAGUGUGUGUGUCUGGAUAUGAAUGUCUUCUACCUCGGGCUGGUCCCCGAGGAGGAGAGAUGCAGAGUGGAAAACCUGGAGCCUUUUGAUGAAUAUGAGGAGUGGCACCAGAAAUGUUCCCACUACUUCAUCCUUACUGCAUCUCGAGGCUCUUUGAUGGCACAGGCUUUACUCACACAUGCUCCAGUGUCUCCAGUGCCUUCCAUCUGCCCAUCGUGGAGUCACACAGCCCUGAAUGUGCAGACAGUACCAGUUUGUAUGGAGGGGCUGGGGAUGGCUACCUCCUUGGUGAGACCAGGGCAUGUCCUGCUAACAGGAGGCUGUAGCAGAGGAGGCAGGGGGGAAAUGACUAGGAUCCUCCUGAGGGGCCAGGAAGGCUGGAAAUCUGUCAGUGUGGAACCAUCAGUCGAUUUGGGCGUUAGGCUCUACCACACUGUUACCUCUCUUCCUAGAGGAGGUGUUGUUGUAUACGGUGGACGCUCCUCUCCCCUCAACCCAAUCAGAAGCCUUUUCAGAGUGACCCUGGAGCCCGGUAGUUCAGAGGGAGGACAAGACACACUGAAACUCUGUGUGGAGGAGAUGGUCUGUACGGGUGAUCCACCGCCGGCAAGGUGGAGGCACACUGCUGCUGUGGUCAGUCACAGUGGCAAAGACUUUCUGUUUGUGUUUGGUGGAAAGAAUGAAACUGAGGCGGCUCUAGGUGACGGCUACUUCCUGUGUCAAGACCAGCAGCACUGGACUGAGAUGUCAGUAGAGGGCGCAGCUCCAGAGGCCCGCCAUUCGCACUCAGCCUGUUCAUAUCAAGGAGGUCUGGUGCUGUUUGGAGGAGUGGACAGAAGGGGAGUGCCGCUGGGGGACACAGCAGUAUUACGGCCAAAUGAGAGAGGCUUCUCCUGGGAGAGAAUCAAGGUGCAGCCGCCGCCUGUUCCCAGGUACUCCCAUUCUGCUCAUGUGAUUGGGGAAAAGCUGGUUGUGGUUGGAGGAGUUUGGCUGCAUUCUGAUGGUGUACCAGGCGCUCUCAUUAUCAACCUGAGCACACACAGCAGUGUGGAGUUCAGUCUGGACACGACCUUGGUGCCCUGGCCUCUGAUGCUCCACUCAUUCUGCUCUGAGCUUACCGACCCAGAGGAACCAGAGCUUCUUCUGAUAGGAGGUGGAGGAAACUGUUUCUCGUUUGGGACUCACUUCAACCUUCAGCCUGUCGCUGUGGACCUCAGACCUGUGCUGGGAUGAAGUAAUCUAAAGUGUUUCUAUGAAACCGGUGAUACAAUCCAAACUCUAACCACUAGAUGACAUACAGGAUGAAGUGUUUAAAUCGGGGUUAUGUGGGACAAUCUGAAUAGAGAGUUAUUGAUCCCUGACCUGUGGAUGUCUACUGUAUGUAUGAGACAGCACACAAGGGUUCAAAAGAACUUUUGUAUGGAAAUCCAGUCUGCUUACUGGACAGGUUUUUAUUUGUGAGAACUCAGUUCAAAAUCACAAAGUAGCCAAUGAAAAUUAAAGUCCAGUAUCCACA